AGCCCCUCAACACUUGUUCCAGUCCCUACCACUCAUAACUAAUCCCAAUGAUGGAGGCCAUCAAGAAAAAGAUGCAAAUGCUGAAGUUGGACAAGGAGAAUGCCUUGGACCGGGCAGAGCAGGCGGAGGCUGAACAGAAACAGGCAGAGGAUCGAAGCAAGCAGUUGGAAGAUGAGCUGGCAGCUAUGCAGAAGAAGUUGAAGGGAACAGAGGACGAACUGGACAAGUAUUCAGAGGCCCUGAAGGAUGCCCAGGAGAAGCUGGAACUAGCUGAGAAGAAGGCAGCAGAUGCUGAGGCUGAGGUGGCUUCCUUGAACCGUCGGAUCCAGCUGGUGGAGGAGGAGCUGGACCGUGCUCAGGAGCGCCUGGCAACCGCUCUGCAGAAGCUAGAAGAGGCAGAGAAGGCGGCUGAUGAGAGUGAGAGAGGUAUGAAGGUCAUUGAAAAUCGGGCCCUGAAGGAUGAAGAGAAGAUGGAGCUGCAAGAAAUCCAGCUAAAAGAGGCCAAGCACAUCGCGGAGGAAGCAGAUAGAAAGUAUGAGGAGGUGGCCCGCAAAUUGGUGAUCAUUGAGGGGGACUUAGAGCGCACAGAGGAGCGGGCCGAGCUGGCUGAGUCCCGUUGCCGGGAGAUGGAUGAGCAGAUCAGACUGAUGGACCAGAACCUGAAGUGUCUGAAUGCUGCUGAAGAAAAGUAUUCUCAAAAAGAAGACAAAUAUGAAGAGGAGAUAAAGAUUCUUACUGAUAAACUCAAGGAGGCAGAGACCCGUGCUGAGUUUGCUGAGAGAUCGGUAGCCAAGCUGGAAAAGACAAUUGAUGAUUUGGAAGAUAAACUGAAAUGCACCAAAGAGGAGCACCUCUGCACACAAAGGAUGCUGGACCAGACUCUGCUUGACCUGAAUGAGAUGUAGAAACCCCUUUCCCCCACCCCAGCCCCACCCUGUCGCUGCUCCUUCCACUGACUCUGACUUCGCUGGAGGCCAGCCUGCCUGAAGCUGACCUUUAAACUGAGGGCUGAUCUUUAACCUGAAGGCUGCUUUCUUCUCUGGGUCCUUGCUUACCCUUCCAACCCUACCCCUACCCCAACUCCCUGUGUCAAUUUCACCAAACUGUCUCUGCAGCUCGCCCCUAGAGAUCCCAGCUGGGCUAAGGGCUGAGCACUUUUGGGAACAGCAUUUAAGGGAACCUGAGCACAAUGCAAUAGUGUCUUUAAAAGCAUGUUGUAUGAUGUAUACAUUUUGUAAUUACCUUUUUUGUUGUCAUAGCAACCAUUUGUAAGACAUUCCAGAUAAUUCCCCAGCUCCUAGGCUGCAUCUAAUUACUUUUCUUCCUUUUGGAUGGUAAAUCUUUUCUGCCUAAACAAUGUCCCUUCUCCAUAGAAGAGGGAAAGAGGUGUUAGCCUGCCCUACUGAGAGUUGAACAUAGCCCAAGGAAAGACUCUACCAUGGGAAACCUCUACGUUUUGUACCAAGCACCAGCCAAACCAGAAAGGUCAUUCCAGGAGGAGUUUGCCAAAAAAGGAAAAAAAAAAAAAGAGUGCUGUUCAGGUUUUCAGCUUUAAGGUUUUUUGGGGUGUCUUUUUUUUUCCUUUUUCUUUUCUUUUACAUUUGCAUCAGUAGCAACCAAGCAAAUUACACAGACAAGACCUCUCCGAGACCAAAUUGUCUUCCCUCUCCUCACUCACUCACAGAAUAGAUCAUGUGCCCCAGAAGUUGGGGUGUCUACUCCUAUCCCCACUCCACCUUUGAAAAAUAACGUUUUUGCCACUGAUUAGCCAAGUGAAAUUCAUCUCAUUACCCAUUCCUGGGUCUGAAGCUGCUGUCUCUAAAAGUGCCAUCUCAUUGUGCUUUGUAUCACUCGGUGCUGGAGAAAUCUUGAAUAGCUUGUGUACAAUUUUUUUUAAUUUUAUGUAUAUUAUUUUUGAAGCUUUAUUUCUCUAGGGUGGGGAGCACCAGGACCACCCCAUCCCACCCCCUGUCUGGCUGUGAGUGCUCUCUGUCUGCAGUCCAUGGGCUGGCAGUGUGCUGAUCUUUUUUAAUUCCUUUUUUUUUUUGGUGAGGUUUCUGUGAGGUCUGUGUUAGGUUUGCAUCGUGCAGCUUAUUGGCUUGAAAUGUACUCUCCUUCGGUGUGGUCUAUUUGGGAGCCAAUCUGGAAAAAGAGGAACCAAUAGUGCAAAUGUUUUGAUACUGAAAAUUGACAAAAUGUCUUUUGAAAUAAAGAACCAGUCCCUCUACCCUCA